AUGAGUGUGCUUGUCACAAGUGGGGCUACUGUUCCAUUUGAGAAGCUGAUAAGAAGUACCCUGAGCGAUGGUGUUCUACACCAGCUUGCAAAGCAAGGUUACCGACAAAUUACCGUACAAUAUGGCAGCGGAAAAGCGAUAUUUGACGAGUCAGUCAGUAGUUGUCACGAUCCGAAAUUGAGCAUAGAUGGAUUUGAUUUUACAACUGAUAUGGCGAGAGAGAUUGCCAAAUAUGACCUGGUGAUAUCACAUGCUGGCACGGGGUCCAUUCUCGACGCUCUUCGUGCAAACAAGAAACUGAUUGCCGUCAUCAACACUAGUCUUAUGGAUAACCACCAAGCUGAAAUUGCUCACGAGUUCGAGUCACAGGGAUAUCUUGUAUCUACAGAUACAGAAAGUAUUUCCGCAGCCUUGCAACGACUAGAUUCAACUACUUUAAAACAGUUACCUCCUGCCGACAGUCUAAAAUUGGCGGCCAUAAUCAAUGAAGAAGCUGGUCUGUAA